GAUAGCAGUAUGCUAGCAGAAGCUAGUGUUGUCACAGGGAUUCAUGAACUACAUUUACGACAUAGAUUUUAAUACUUAAUUGAGACUUAGUCAUGUCUCAGGUGGAGAAGAAGGCAGGGCUGCUUAGGAGGACAUCAUCCUCUAAAAAACCCUUGAAAGAGAAGGUGGUGCUGAUGUAUGAUGAGAUUUUUGCAAAAGAGGACCCAGCCAAAAACAACCCUCGCUUCUGGGAUGAGCUGUUUCUUAUGAAGGUGAACCUAGAGUAUCUGGAGUCUAAGUUGGAGAGUGUAGAUGGGGAAGAAGUUCAGCGCAUCCAAGACAACAUCAACUCUCUGUUCCACCACUGUGUUCAGGCUCUGGGAGAGGAGCACCAGAUCAAAGUGGUCAAUGCCCUGCAGACUCUGUGUGCACUUUUCCGAGGGGUUCAUCAGAAGAACAAGUCAGCGUCUGGCUUCGACAUCAUCAACAUGCUCAUGGGAUUUGACAAGGCUGAGCAAAGGAUGAAGGACCUGAUGGAGAGACUGGACAGCCUUCUCUGUGGAGACGGCUCAGAGAGUCUGAAGAGCCUUUGUCUCAAACUACUGCUGUGUCUGGUGACGGUAACAGACAAUAUUAGUCAGAACACCAUACUGGAAUAUGUGAUGAUCAACAGCAUCUUUGAAGCCAUUCUACAAAUUCUGUCAGAUGUCUCCAGUAGAGGGCAGCAUGGUUACGAUGCUGUGGUCCUUCUGGCCCUCCUGGUAAACUACAGGAAAUAUGAGUCUGUGAAUCCAUACAUCGUGAAGCUCUCCAUUGUGGACGAUGAGCCAACAUUAGAUGGAAUGGGGAUGGUUGUCCACCAAGCUUUGACAGAAUAUAACAGGCAGUACAAAGACAAAGAGGAGGAGAACCAGGGUGGGUUCUUCUCUACCCUGACUAGUAUGGUGGGCAGUAUGUUUAUAGCAGAUGCUGAUGAGAAACUCUCCGUACAGACAAAUGAGGCGAUUCUGCUGGCACUGUAUGAGGCUGUGCACCUAAACCGCAACUUCAUCACUGUAUUAGCACAGAGCCACCCUGAGAUUGACAUCCCAACCACACCUACCACCCCCACUCCAACGACACCCACGACACCACUUGGCACAACACCGCCCUCCCUAGACAUGAUGAACAACCCAGAACUGCCUCUGGAUCCCAACCUGCAGACCAGCAACCUUCUCAUUACCUUCCUCAAGUAUGCCUCCAUUGUAAUGCAGGACACUAAAGAUGAACAUCGACUGAACAGUGCCAGACUGUGCCUAAUUAUUCUCACCUGCAUAGCCGAGGACCAGUACGCCGACGCCUUUCUCCAUGAUGACAAUAUGAACUUCAGAGUCAAUCUCCACAGAAUGCCCAUGAGACACAGAAAAAAAGCAGUGGACAAGAACAUCCCUUCUCGGCCGCUCGUGUGUGCUGUUCUAGACCUGAUGGUGGAGUUUAUUGUCACUCAUAUGAUGAAGGACUUCCCCAUGGAUUUAUACUUGCGCUGUGUGCAGAUCAUCCACAAACUCCUGUGCUACCAGAAGAAAUGCAGAAUCAGAUUACACUACACCUGGAGAGAGCUCUGGUCAGCUCUCAUCAACCUGCUGAAGUUCCUGUUGUCAAAUGAGACCACACUGCUGGCCAAGCACAACAUCUUUCAUCUGGCCUUACUGGUAGUGAACCUGUUCAACAUGUUCAUAACAUACGGCGACACGUUCCUGCCCACCUCCAACAGCUACGACGAGCUGUACUAUGAAAUCGUACGAAUGCACCAGGUCUUCGACAACCUCUACUGUAUGGUUUUGAGAGUAUCAACCAACACAGGCCAGUGGAAGGAGGCAGCCAGCAAAGUCACGCACGCCCUUGUCAACGUUCGGGCGAUCAUCAACCAUUUUAACCCCAAGAUUGAGUCCUACGCUGCGGUGAACCACAUCUCCCAGCUGUCAGAGGAACAGGUGUUGGAGGUGGUACGAUCCAACUAUGACACACUGACCCUCAAACUGCAGGAUGGUCUGGACCAGUUUGAGAGAUACUCAGAGCAGCCCAAAGAGGCUGCUUUCUUCAAGGAGCUGGUGCGCUCCAUCAGUCUGAAUGUGAGGAAGAAUGUCUCUUUGAACACACUGAGUCAGGACGUCCUGCUGAAAGAGUUCUCCACCAUCUCCUGAGGGACACACAUACGCACGCACGCACACACACACACACACACACACACACACACACACACACACCCAGCCUUCACCUCCCUUCAAAUGGACAUACACAUUGUAUUUUAUGUGCGUGUGGACAUGUACACAUACUUACAAACACAAACCAGUGCAAUCCUCAGUUAUUCUUUCUAUCAGUUGUCUUGAUUUCUCAUCCUCUGCCUCCUUUGAACUGAACAAUGGGAACCCACAGAGACGGACACACUGACUGGCUGGAUGCACCUUAAGGAAAAAACCUGAAAACUUACCAGACUUGCUUCUUUCGUGGUCGUUCGUGUGUGUGUCUUUAAGGAAGUGCCCGUAUUGCACUGGUUCCUCGUGUGCAAUCUGCAGUAUUGGCUGGACUGUUAACUGACACAUGAAAGUUUGGAUUUAAGAUAGUAAAACAAAGUAUUUUUAACCCAGAUCCUCAUCUCGGCUGCCACAGUAUAUGAUUUACGAUUUAUCUCUCCAGUAAUUAUUUCAUAAGAAUUUCGGCUUUGAGUGAAACAUUAUGUUCUUCCUAACAGCAUUGGUAAUGGUGAUCCUGGGCCUUUUUGAGGUUGAGUCUUAUUUUAAAUCCUCUUGGAUUAGAGCAUUAACUUUUUAUUUGCAGCUGAAUGCUUGUUGUGUGAAUGUUAACAUAAUUCUCUACAUGUUCAAAACAAAUUUACAAGUAUUUUGUAUUUACAUGUUUGCUAAGGGGCAGAACGUGUACGAGUAACUGAGAUGAGGAUGCUCUGAACUGAUUAAAAAACAUUUCUAUUGUUGUUGCAAACCUUUGUUUUUGAACAAAGCCAUGAUUAACAUUCACUAUUGUACCUCGCACAAGUCAUUUCUGAAUUAGCUUAACAAAUGAAUCUGAAUGUGUUGAAGUGAGAGGCCAGUUUAGAGGGAAAGCUGUUCAGACAAUGUUUAAUCAUUAUGAGUUAUAAACAUGAUCAUUGCUGCUGUGUUUCUGGCUCAUGACGAAAAAGAUCCACACAUCUUCUGUUUGAAUUCUUUCUCAUUCAGAAUAUUUGAAAUUUUUUUUUUUUUGACUGGAAGCAAAUUGAAUUAUGCAAUUUCAUCAAGUGUAGGGUCUUUUUCUUUUGUCUCUAAUUCCUGUAGGUAUAUUUAUGUUUCUUUUUUAAAUA